CAGGCCAGUCCCAUUGACAAAAUCCGUCCUAAUGGUCGGAAUAGGUAUCAACAUUUACCAGAUUGUCGAAGUAAAUGAAAAACAUCAAUACAUGACGAGCGUGCUUCACUUGUGGAGGAAUUGGACGGACGAAAACCUGACCUGGAAUGUCUCCCAGUUUGACAACAUUACCUACGUCCGAAUCCCUUCGACCAGAAUUUGGCAACCCGACGUCUUCCUGUACAACAUGGGGAACGAGGAGAUGCUCCAGUCGGCCAACAACCGUGAGAUCCUCAACGUAAUUGUGAAUCAUACCGGAACCGUGCUUAGCGUGCCCCCAAAAAUGCUAAAGUCGAUUUGCAGAAUGGACGUGACCUGGUUUCCGUGGGAUGAGCAAAAGUGUGACCUGAUUUUUGGAAGUUGGACAUAUUCAGGAUCGGAAAUGGACUUCACGGUUCGAGAGGAAGAAAACAUGAUGCGGUAUUACAUUCCGAAUGGGGAGUGGCACCUGGUGGGGAUCAAGGCAAAGAAGGUGGAUAAAUUUUACGAGUGUUGUAGUGACUCGUAUCCAUCGGUGGUUUUCACGCUGCAUAUUAAGAGGAACAGCAUGUACUACUUGUACAAUUUGAUCGUGCCAUGUGCAUUAAUUGGAUUCCUCGCCAUCCUCGGUUUCACCUUACCACCGGACAGUACCGAGAAGCUGUCUCUCGGUGUGACCGUGCUGUUCAGUUUGAUCGUAUUUCUAAAUCAGAUCACCUCCACCAUGCCGGCCAAUUCGGAUAACGUUCCACUAAUCGGGACAUACUUUAACUGUGUCAUGUUCACCAUUGCGCUAUCCGUGGUGAGCACGAUCAUUGUAAACCUCAACAUCCGGUCGGGUAAGGAACCAAGGGCGAUUGGAAGGCAUACGGAAAAGCUGUUGCUAAUCUGGUUGCCAUGGAUACUGAGAUUGGAUUUGCAUAAAUACUAUGACAAUGGUGGAAGAAACAAAAGCUUCAGGAGGACCAUGAGUGCCAUUGAGGAUGCUGUCUUAAUGAAGGGCGAAAAACCAAAGUCGUACCAGGGCAACGAAGUUAAGGUGACAUCAUCACCAUUUUUCAAAACAGUCCCAAAUCUCGAAUUGCUGAAGGAUAAAUGGUUAUUCGCCGCUGUAGUUGUCGACAGAUUGUGUUUGUUGGUGUCAGUUUUGUUUGCUGUAAUUUCAGUCGGAAUUAUGUUGGUCUCAAAGCUUACUUAAGAAUCAUUUAAAAGUAAUACUUGGAAAUAAUAUGUAAGUUAAUUCCUGUUUUUCAAUUUUAAUUAGCUCAGCAAUUUGUUUGGUUUUUAACUGUCUAACAUAUAUAGAAAUAAUUCUUGGACAAAAAUUAAUUUUAUUAAUAAAACAAACACAUUUACGUAAAAAUUAGUUUCUAAUCUAGCAAAUUAAAGCCUAUCGUAACAAAAGGAAUUUAAUGGACAUUCUUGUAUUCAUGUGCAAGUCCAAUCUGAUUACGGAAAGUGAAUGUCAACAGACGACUCAUAACAAAACUUCGAUUGGCACGAGGAGUCAUUUAUUGUCAAGUGGGCG